CAAUGAAUUAAAAUCAUUGUCAAUGUUAGACCUAAAUAUAAUUCCGAAUUUUCACUCUCAUUCGCAUAAUUUCGAAUCUUCGAAGUAAACAAAAAUCUCAAGUGAAUGAGUGAAAAUUGAAUUAAAAUUCUCUAAAUAUGAGUUCUGCUUGUAGUAUUCCUGGUUGUAAAUCAAAAUCUGAGGGCAGUUUAAAUGUUUUCAAAAUGCUUGAUAAUAUCAGAGUUAAGAAAGAAUGGAUGAACUUUGCCGAAAGAUGUGGAAUAAGUAAACGCGAUCCUGAUGAUAUUUCCUUCUGUGAAAAACACUUUAAAGAAGCUAACGCAAAUUUGGGAAUAAAAAUGAAACCCACAGCAAAUUCUUCAUUGAUAAAUCCACCGAAACGAUUGAAUGAAGUAACAAUAACUCGAAAGCCAGCAAACAAAUCAGGAUCAACUCAAAGUGGCACGGCAGAAAAGACAUCAAACAUUCUUUCAAAAUUGCCAUCAACAAUAAGUUUAAGCAAAUUUAAAGUUCCAAAACGAUUGAACAAUGUACCAACAUCAUCAAAUUUUGGAAGACCAGCAAAAACUAUUAGACACACAUUAAGUAGUUCCAUCACUAACAAGAAGCCAAAUAUUCUUUCAAAACUACCUUCAAAUGUACUCACAAAACUGGGAAAUAAUAUGAGCAUUAAACUGAAUAAUAAUCCAACUGAACCACCGAAGCCUGUUAAAUGGGAAAUCAAAAUCACAAAACGAUUCAAAAUUAUUGAUUCCAGCUCAAACUUAAAUUUCACUGAUCAUAAGGAAAAGUGCAGAUUAUGUUUACGUAACAUGACAGACUCAGAGAAAGUUAAAUUAGAUGAGAAAUUAGCAAAAAUAUUUUCUAACUUUACAGGUCAUGAGUUGACGUCUUCAGAUUCAUUCUCAAAAGAUGUUUGCAAAACAUGUAGCAAUAAAUUACAAGAACUAUCGGAAUUAAAAUCGUCUUAUAUCAACAUUCAAACAAAGUUGAAGGAAUGUGUUGAAAAAGAAGAAACUGGAAUGGAUUUUGAUAACUCUGAUUGUGUAGUUAUAAAUGACAGCAGUGAUAGCGAAGAUUCAUUUAGUGUUCAAUAUGAUCACAUACCAGAAAGAGUUAUUGUGACAGAUGAACAACGUAAAAAAGAUUCGAAUUUUAGACUUUGUCCAUAUUGCGGUAAAUAUUUCGAAAACAUGAGACAUGGAAACACACAUAUUACUGUAUGCCAUAAUAUGGCUAAUAAUAAUGCAUACAUUUGCGACAUUUGUGGAUACAAACAAUACAUCAUGACUAGAAUUAAAAACCAUAUGAAGAGACAUGAAACUCCAGAACUUAAAUACAAAUGUUUUACUUGUCCAAAAGCAUUCACAAACACUGAAGCCAGAAGAUAUCAUUUCCUGCAUACUCAUGAACCGAAAGUUAUUUGCGAUACUUGUGGAAAACAUUUAGCACCAGGGAAAACAUUUCGAAGACAUUUGGAAACGCAUUCAACGGUGUUUGAUAAAGUUUGUAAAGUGGAAGGAUGCCUUGAAAGAUUUACAACGUCAGCUCGUUUAUAUGCACAUAAUGAACAAUUCCAUCGUGACAGAGGCGAAUUUCGUUGCACAAUUUGUUCAAGUGUUUUCAAUUCGGUGCUAAGAUUAAAACGGCAUAUGAAAAGAGUGAAACAUUAAUUAAUCAAGGAAGAAAUAAAUAAAAUCAAUUUUGUGUUGAUUGCUAAGCAACAAACAUUCAAAUUCAUGUUAAUAAAUAAACAAAGAGAUUUUUAAUAAAAUAAAUAAAUGAUAUUGAAACAAUUAUUGUUCUGAAUAUUUAAAAUGGAUGUGUCGACUCUUCAGGAUUGUUUAAAACCACUCGAAGCAGCUGACCAAACCGCUGAUAAACUUAACGAAAUUCUUUUAAUUUCAACUCCUUCGAACAUUUCAAUGAUUGUGUAUGAAGCAAGACAAUUAAAGAUCGAUACUGCAGAAAGCUUAAGUCAAUGUGUUGAUGUUCUUUAUGAUAAUGCAGUGAACUCGUCACCUUCAAUCAUAGCGAAUAUUUGCACGAAACUUAUGUUCGCUAGCGUUCCACUUUGCAAGGAAUCACAAAGAAUGAAAACAUUCAAAGAACAAAUUUACGACAAAGCACGAAACGAAGUGGAAAACUUUAUUGAAAUUCAAGGUUUGUUGAAUGUGGGUCAGAAAUUGUAUAAAAGUGAAAGCUGGGAAAAUGAACCUGAUGAAGUAAUUAAAAGUUCAUGCAUGAGAAGAUUAAGACGACCAAUGGGAUUAUUUAAGUUCCUCGGCGAGUUGUAUUUAGUAGAUUUGUUAACGUCUUCAUUCAUUGACGAUUGCAUUGUUAAACUUCUUGAUUCGCAAUCAUGCAAUGAAAGUACGUUGGAAAUUCUUCAUGGACUCUUGAAAAUUGUCGGAAGGAAGUUGGAAAUUACCGAAAAAGUCAACUUGUCAGAUCAUUUUGAGACUAUCAAGGAAAGGAAGUCAUCAACUGUCAUCAAUCCUCAUACACGAU